UGUGGAGAACUUUGUUGAACUUCAUUGUUGUGAGCCGUCACCUCUCAAAAGACUUAGCGAGGCUGACCACUAUAAAACUCACCGGACAGGAGGAAGUGCCCGGAGAAAAGUAGAAAAGUGUUGGAGAUAUGAUGUUCCCCAGUGUUAUAGCGCCUUCUGCCAUGUACCCCGGGCUUCUGAGGCCGACCCCGACACUGACUCUCCCCCAGUCUCUCCAGUCGGCCUUCUCCUCGCACGCCAUGGGGGCCAGCUUCUUGGUGGAGGACCUGCUGAAGAUCAGUCGGCCUGUCAGCUACCUGCCCCGCUCCGUGGCUCCGUCAGCCUCCGAAGCCGCCACUGUCCCAAGCCCGGCCACGACAGAACGGCACCGCACCGCCAGCCCCGUCACCAGCGGGAUAUGCGCCUCUCACACCUCCAUCUCGCCAGCCAACGAGUCCAAUUACCUCAAGUUUGGGGUGCACGCCAUCCUCUCGUCAACCCCAAGAACUGAAUCCUCGCACCCUUUGAUCCAGGGGAUCUCGCCGAAGGCUUUCUUUCCUUACUUCGAAGGUUCUUUCCAGCCUUUCAUCCGCUCCACGUACUUCCCAGCUUCCUCCUCUGUGGUCCCCAUACCUGGCACCUUUUCGUGGCCUCUCGCCGCCCGGGGCAAACCCAGGAGAGGGAUGCUCCGCCGAGCCGUCUUCUCCGAUGUCCAGCGGAAAGCGCUGGAGAAGAUGUUCCAAAAACAGAAAUACAUCAGCAAGCCAGACCGACGUAAACUGGCAGCCAAGUUGGGACUGAAAGACUCUCAGGUGAAGAUUUGGUUCCAGAACAGAAGGAUGAAGUGGAGAAACUCGAAGGAGAGAGAACUGUUGUCCGCCGGCGGUUGCCGCGAACAGACUUUGCCUACAAAGUUGAACCCUAAUCCCGACCUCAGCGACGUUGGGAAGUCCUCCCCCUGUAGCCUGCAUUCGGGAGACGAGGAGGAGCUGGGGUGCAGGGACAGUCCCAAGUCACCCCUAUGCCAAUCCCCGGACUACAAGCGCAUUGACACACACCUCCGCCUAAUCUCACACCAACUCGCCGCCGACCAACACACGUACUUCUCCGAAGAGGAAGACGGAGAGGAAGAAAUAACCGUUUCAUAAACUUAACUGAACGACAUUUCGAAUGACAAAUAAAUAAAUGAUCUAAUUAACCUCGGAUUAUUUCGCCAAUGGACAUGGACAUUCCUUGCAAGGGACUUAAAUCUACAGUUGAAGCUGUUCACUAAUCAGUGGACAGUCUCAGCGAUAUGUACACAGUUUUUCUUUUGUACAAAAAUGUGUGUUGAAUGAAUAUUUUAUACCAAGAGUAUUAUGAAUGACUAUACGUAUAGUUUGAUUAGAUUCUAAUUAAAAAAAUUGCCAACUGUUUAAUGACUUAACUGGAAAUUGUAGACUCAUAACUUAUAAAGAAUUGUUCUUUUUUAAAAAAAAGAUUUUGUAUGCAGUGUAUAGAUGCAUAAUGUUUAUAUCUUAAAUGUUUUGUAUAAUACCAAAUAAAAGUAGGCAUUAUGAGACGUGGUCGCAACAAUGAAAA